AUGAUGAUGACCAACUGUCUGCAGCAGAGCGUGUGCGCAGGGGCGGCGGCCAUGCAGGCAAUGGAACUGCACCGCCGGAACAGCGGGGGCGGGGGCGACCAAUCGAUCGGCAAGUCUGGUCGCGACGACGGUUCGGCUACCGAAUACAACGACGACCGAGUGCAGCCCACUUCCGGUGGCCGUUUGAACGGUUCGGCCGAACGUCCGUUGAAGUUCAGCAUAGAUAACAUAUUGCGACCGGAAUUCGGCGGUGGCACCGGAAGCUUGGUCACGUCCGGUGGCAGUCCUCCGACGGUAUUCAACCCGUACGACCACCAUCACAGACACUACCACCCCCAUCAUCACCAUCUCCAGCAACAACAACAACAACAACACCUCAACCACAUCGACCGUCUGAACCACCUAAACUAUCAACUUCACCAUCUCAACCAACUCAGUCACAAUGCCGCGGCCGCUGCCAGCGCUAACACAGCGGUCCGCGCGGCCGCGACGGCCAUCAAUGACGCCGCCGGCCCGGCGUCGUCGGAUCACGAGAAAUCCAAUAGCAGCAGACGGUCUUCGUCGUCGUCCACAGCCGAACCACUCAGUUCACCCAUCGAUCUGUCGUGUUCCGACUCUCAAACCUAUGUCAACCCCGCCGCGACCGCUAACUCGACAACCGUCAGCCCCACCGCCGUCGCCACAGCCGCUGCCAACAGCACCACCAACACCACCCACACCACUACUACCAAUGGUUCCGUGGACGCGUCCAUCAAUGCGGUCGCUGACAAAGAGGGCUCUCAACAGUGGCCGGCCUGGGUGUACUGCACAAGAUACUCGGAUCGCCCUUCUUCCGGUAAGUGUCCUAGGACUCGGCGAGCGAAGAAAAAGGACAAGCAGCAGCAGGACGAGAAGAGGCCUCGGACCGCGUUUAGUGGCGACCAGCUGGCCCGGCUCAAGAAAGAGUUCACCGAGAAUCGGUACUUGACCGAGAGACGGAGACAGGAGCUGGCCAACGAGCUAGGCCUGAACGAGGCACAGAUAAAAAUUUGGUUCCAGAACAAGCGGGCCAAGAUCAAGAAGGCCAGUGGCACCAAAAACCCGCUCGCCCUGCAGCUGAUGGCCCAGGGCCUGUACAACCACAGCACGGUCAUGGUUACUAAGGAGGAGGAGGAACAGCUGGCCGCGGCACAAGCUAUGGAAAUCAACGACUGA